UUGGCAGCUAGCCUGCGCAGCAAGUCUCCUUGCCGCCGCCGCCGCUGCUAAAACGGUUCAGUGCAGGACUUUCUCCUCCAUCACUUCCUUCUACUGAGCAAUGUGUUGUGAGGCAGGGGGGUGUGAGGAGCGCCACUCUUCACUGCUUCACGCGGCUCGGGAGCCAUGGCGGAGGGGGUACUGAGGACGACCCAGCGGCCGGAGCACAGCGGGUCACCAGGAGCGGCUCAGCACACAAGGAAGGACCCACGUUCUCACCUGCAGCACAGCCUCUAGAACCGUUACUGACGGAGUACAAUGGUGACGUCUGCUAAACUUUUCCGCACAUCCCCAGCUUUGGUCACGCGCGGCCGCUUUAACUUUUCACCAACUGGCAGUUGUCGAUUCUCGAUGGUAUCGUAGCGACGCGGAGUUUGGUGUGCUUUUCUCUUCUUCCAGGACGUGUGUCCUGUAAAGCCAUCUGCCUCGGGCGGAAAUCUGGCGUACUGUCCCGCAGUGAGCUCGCACAGCGCCUCGUUAAUAUUUCAAAGCCGAAUCAGUAGAGGUUAACAUGGGGGCAAAGCAGAGCAGCCCCACUGCUAACCCAGCUGCUAACGGACGGACCAGAGCCUACUCCAGCUCGGACCUGCCAUCCAGCACGUCCGGCAGCAGCGCUGGCAGGACUGCCGCCCGGGGGGCGAGGUACCACGGUGCGUCCGGAGCCUCCGGACCCAGCACCAGCCAGCAGAUCGGAGCCAGGGCCAGGUCUGUUGGGGGCUCGAGUUUAAGACCCCACUCUGGCAUUAACAUUCCCAACAGCGGCGGGGGCUACAGCUCCCCGGAGUCCGGCGGCAGCAGCCCAGAGGAGGCGGCGGACAGGGAGCGCUCGGGCGGAGGGCAAGAAGUUCCCCGGCUGUUGAUUGGAUCAUUACCAGCACACCUUUCGCCUCAUCUGUUCGGAGGCUUCAAGUGCCCUGUGUGCUCCAAGUUUUUGGCCUCAGAUGAGAUGGAUCUUCACCUUGUGUUGUGUUUAACUAAACCCAGAGUGACAUACAAUGCUGGGAUAGGAUCCCGCCCCCUGUCGAAGACGAUGGAUGGAUACGACUUCUAUCGUAUGUUGUUGAUGAGCACGAGAGAACCAGCAGAGAGAAAAGGAAGAUUAAAAAUCCAGCGUGACGAGUGA